AUGUACGCCCCGCCGGGUUCUGCAGCCCCCGGAGGCCGCCGGAGAAGAGGGGGGACCUCGGUGCCCAAACAGCCGGAGCGGAGCCUGGUGUCGGCCCUGCCCGGAGCCCUGUCCAUCACCGCCCUCUGCACGGCCCUGGCAGAACCGGCCUGGCUCCGGGUCCACGGAGGGACCUGCCCGAGACAGGAGCUGGGGGUGGCGGACGUCCUCGGGUACAUCGACCCCAAACUUCUGGACGGUGAGGACCAAAACAAGACCCUGUAGUGGGACCCGACCCAUAUGGGUUUUGGGGGGCUGAUGCCGAUACCGAUUAUUAGGGGGGUGGGGGUCGAUUAAAUUGGCCGAUUUAAUCGACUCGCUGAUAAAUCGGUCGGGCCCUACUCUUUGGAAAAACCAGAACAACAGAUUAAAACAGGAGUUCUAUAAAAUAAGAUUUAAUAUUAAAUAAAGUUUUUAUAUGAAAUAAUCUUUAAAGGUCUCAGAGGUGACGGACGUGUUUGAAGACUCAGAAGAGAAAAAAACAGCAGGUCAGUCUGCGACACAUGAGACAGAAUUUAGAGAGAAAAGAUAAAUUUGAACAUGAUCAUCUUUAUCUGACUGAUAAUCAGCUGAUCAAUGACAUUGAUAUAUUCACAUUGAUCACAUUGAUAUCAGCCUCUUUUCUAAAUGUAAAAUUCUCCAUCGUCGAUAUAAAAGUCUCUGUCUGGACUUAAAUAAAACUGAUCAGGUUUGAUUAGAAACAGAAAUCAUUUAAUAAUCUCCGGGGGAAACAGAUUUUUGUUUCAGGAACUCCAGUAAAAAUAAAAUAGAAAGAGGAGAUCAAUAAAAGAUCAAAUAAGUAAAAAUAAAGAGAUAAUAAACAAGUAUGGACACUAUAAACAACACAGUAAAAUAGUUUGUAUAUAAACAGUAAACAGAGUCCAGACAAAGACAGCAGCCCUGGACAGCAGGGGGUCCAGCUCCACCUCCGCAACAUCACCUGAUCCUUUCUGAUCAGUUUAUUGAGUCUGUUGGAGUCAGAGACCCUCAGCCCGCCGCCCCAGCACUGAAGAAGAUCGCACCGACCACAACAGACUCAUAAAGACUGUAAAGACUGUAUUUGUGUUUCUCAUUGAUCCACUUAAACUUGAUCUAAAACGUGUUUCAGGCUGAGAUAACACUGAGAUGUUAGAGUUUAAUGUGAUGGAGGAGUAGUUUAAAAAAGAAGUUUCUUUUUACUUCCUUUCCAGAUAGUUGGACAGAAAUCGUUUAUUUAGUUAGUCUGUUAGUUUGUGGUCCUAAAAUACCGACAUGAUUAAACUUCUGAAUAAAUGAAAGUGAAACUAAAAUAUAAAACAGAUUUUAUCCUGCCAACCUGAACUGAACUUUGUACAGAGAAAAAAAAAACACAAAUAUCCUGGUUAAAAUUUCUAAAACAAAGUGAUGUAUAAAUCUCAUUUUUUCUCAUUUUUCCACCACUAAAAAUAAAAAAUCAAGUUAAAAAAAACAAAGAUCUUCUUGAUUCCAGCCUCAUGAGGACCGAUGAGAUGAGAUGGCAGUAGUUAUAACAUGAUUAAUCGGUUUAUCUUGAGUGUAAAUAAUAAUUUUAAUCACCAAACUUCUUUAAAACAUGAUUCUGCAGAGAACUUUGAUACACAAACGUGACAAAGAAGAAACCCAAAAAGAGUGAAAUUACAGAAGAACUCAAACCUGAAGAAAACUCUGAGAGCAGAACAACGAGAUAAAACAUGAGACCAAGAGUAAAGUUCUGUGAGGAGGUAGAAGCAGCAGGACGAGAUCAAACCGACAGAACAAGUUUUUUUAUAAACCAGUUUUUAACGGUGGAGUGCUGCAGGUGUGUAAUCCUGACGCUCACCUGUGACCCCCUCUUUCCCGUCUCCUCCAGAUUACUGCGUAAACCCACAGACCAUCCUGCUCCUGAGGGUCAUCGCUGCCUUCUGUUUCCUGGGAAUCCUCUGCAGCCUGACGGCGUUCCUCCUGGACGUUUUCGGCCCCAAACAUCCUGCACUCAAGAUCACACGCAGAUACGCGUUUGCACAUAUUUUAACAGGUAUGAGUCAGAGUCAGGUUAUUUUUCAGACCCCUCCCUCAGGUGUUCUAAAGUCUGUGAUAUUCAGAUACUCAGCUGUUCUCUCUCUCUCUCUCUCUCUCUCUCUCUCUCCGCUCAGUCUUGCAGUGCGCCACCGUGAUCGGCUUCUGCUACUGGGCCUCCGAGCUCAUCCUGUCUCUACAGCAGCAGCACAAAAAGUACCACGGCUCUUUUAUUUACGUCACUUUCGCCAUCAGCUUCUACCUGGUGGCCGGAGCCGGAGGCGCCUCCAUCCUGGCCACAGCCGCCAACCUGCUGCGCCACUACCCGACGGAGGAGGAGGAGCAGGCUCUAGAGCUGCUGUCUGAGAUGGAGGACAGCAGCGAAACUUUUCCUGCCGAUUAUGACAUUGCUAAUCAGUUUCAGCCGCCGCCCGCCUACACGCCCUAA